AGAAGAUAAAGAAUGGCUGCGCCCAUGGACCAUUUCAUGCUGUCAAUGUCGAGUUAAAUAUUUUGUUGAUCCAGUGACUGACCAGUAUGAAAUGAAAUACUAAUGACAAAUUUACAGAAUUAUAUGAAUGCAGUGGAGAAUGAAAAACAUGUUUUGUUGUUUUUAUGAGUAAAACUUACAGAAGCAUACAAAAAUGCCAAUUUCCGACAUUUUGACAACCCUGAACUUGAAGGAUAACCCUUAUUUUGGUGCUGGGUUUGGUUUGUUUGGACUUGGUGCAGCAGCGGCCAUUAUGCGUAAAGGUGUUCAGGUUGGAAUGGUAUUCUUUCGCCGACACUGCAUGAUAACAAUGGAGGUUUCGAGUCGAGACAAGAGCUACUAUUGGUUACUGCAGUGGAUUUCCACACAUGGGACUAGAACCCAGCACCUGAGUGUUCAAACAACCUUUAGUCAGUCUGAAACUGGCAGAAUAACCACACAGUUUGACUUUGUGCCAAGUCCUGGCAGUCAUUUCUUCAGUUACGGGGGGUCUUGGAUACGUGUGGAAAGAAAUCGUGAACAAUCAAUGAUGGACCUGCAGACAGGCACACCUUUUGAAACUGUGACACUGACGGCUCUCGGGAGAAAUCGGGAUAUGUUUUUCAAGAUACUUGAUAAAUCUCGAAGCUUGGCUUUGCAACGACAGGAAGGAAAGACGGUCAUGUACACAGCAAUGGGAGCCGAAUGGCGUCCAUUUGGUUAUCCUCGGAGAAAGAGACCAAUCAAUUCAGUGGUUCUAGACAGGGGCAUUUCAGAAAGGGUUUUAGCAGACAUUAAGGAGUUUAUCAAUAAUCCUCAGUGGUACAUGAAGCGGGGCAUUCCAUACCGCCGAGGUUAUCUCCUCCAUGGUCCACCAGGUUGUGGAAAGAGCAGCUAUAUUGUGUCAUUGGCAGGUGAGCUCGAUUACAGCAUCUGUGUGCUGAAUCUGAGUGAACGAGGGCUUUCCGAUGAUCGACUGAACCACCUUUUGACGGUUGCUCCAGAACAAAGCAUCAUUCUCUUAGAAGAUGUGGAUGCUGCUUUCGUUAGUAGAGAUUUGGCUAAGGAGAGUCCAUCUGCAUACCAGGGAAUUGGGAGACUAACAUUCAGUGGACUAUUGAAUGCCCUUGAUGGAGUAGCAUCAGCAGAGGCCAGGAUCAUUUUCAUGACAACAAAUUAUCUAGAUCGACUAGACGCAGCACUUAUACGACCAGGAAGGGUAGAUCUAAAAGAGAAAAUAGACUAUGCCUCUGAACAUCAAUUGAUAGAAAUCUUCCAAAGAUUUUACCCCGACGAGGCUGAGAGUUGCGCACAUGACUUUGCUAGGAGAGUGUCGUCUCAGGGAAAGCCAAUCAGCAUAGCUCAAGUACAGGGAUUUUUCAUGAUGCACAAGUCUGACCCUCAGAGCGUUUUGAAUCAAACAGAACAAAUAUGGAAUGUGUGAUGAGAGUGUUGUGUUGUGUUGUGUUAUAUAUAAUAUUAAAGUUCUUACUCAUUCCA